AUAUUUCGAAAUCCUAUGUAUUUCCUAUUCUUUUUUGAGUUUUUCUCAGCUGAUGACAUAAGCGGUGACGUGGAACAGUAAGAGAAGGCGGCACAGGAAUUCGGUGUGCCUUCAACACAGACGAUCCACACUCUUGGGGCUUUUCUAGUGAUUUCCUUCGUCUUGGAGCUCUAGAAAGUGAGGACUAGGUGUUCGAUUGAAUGUACCAUAGAGUUUUGGAAGUGGAAUUUGUAACAACAUUGGGAUUCUCGUAGUAUUCAUAUUGAUGGCCUGGUUCACUUCCUCAUUAUGAAUUCUAAAGAAGUUUCCUUUCACGAUGGAGUUAACUGGACCAAGGUGGAAGGGAAAAUGUUCAGCAGCAAUCGCCCUUUCAGAUCCCAUGUCGAAUAUAGUCUUACAACUUCAAACUUCUCUUCUACAAUCGGAAUCAACCGUGAUACUCUCGGGGUGCAAUGUUAUUCUUGAAGCUGGACCAGAACAAGUGGAGCUACUUAAUCGUGCAUGCUUUGGUCACCCCAUUGUCACGGCGGAGAAAGAUAAGCAAUGGUUUCAGUUGGUUUUUGAGGAAUCCUUUUACAUGUUCCAUGAGCUCAGAUGUAUUGUGAUUUUAGGCGAAGACAAACACCCCAAGAACAUAGAAGAGAUAUGGGAGUACAUGAAAUCAAAGAGAAAGAUUUUCCCUGAUUUAUACAAGGCUUAUUCUCAUCUCAGAAGGAAGAAUUGGGUGGUCAGGUCAGGAUCUCAGUAUGGUGUUGAUUUUGUUGUUUACCGUCACCACCCAGCCCUUGUACAUUCUGAGUAUGCGGUGCUUGUACUCUCAGAAGGCGAUGAUGGAGCAAAUGAUCGAUUGAGGGUAUGGUCAGAUUUACAUUGCUCACUUCGACUCUGUGGUAGUGUUGCCAAGACAUUGUUAGUUCUUACCAUCAAGAAAAAUGGGGAAAGAUUGGCCUCUUCCUCGUAUUUGGAACAAUAUAGUAUUGAAGAGCGUACGAUUGCUAGAUGGAGGCCGGAACAAUGUCGAGAUGAUCAAAUGGUAGUUAGAACAAGAAAUAAGGACCACUAGGUGAAUGGUUAAGGACAACCAUCAGCUCCGCUGCAUGUCAAGUGGGAAGAGGGCACUUACGUAAAAGAAUUCCAGUUGUAUCCAUCCAUUCAAAUGACAAAUGUGGAAGCAGCCACUUGUGUUUUGUUCUUAUAUAACCGCAUAUAGAUGCUAGCUUUGGGUUUCUAGUUUUGAUUUUGGCUUCUGGGUUUAAAGAAAUAGUCUGAGAAAACCAUUUCCCUUGUUGGAUAUGUUCUGUUCUAGUUUCUUGUUUUAAUGUUAUGUUAUGAAUGUCAUUCUAUGUUCUUUUUCAA